GGGGCAUGUUGGUGUGUCGGCGGUUGCUGCUGAUCGCAGCCGCGAUCGCGGCCUCGAUCGAGGCUGGCUCGACUAGUUACCACCCCGGCAUCUCGUCGUCGGAUUAUUCCGGAUACCCGAGUGGAUACGCGGUUUAUUCCGGCGCGACGUCACCCGAGUCCUCGCCGUCGUCGAGCUCGUCCACGUCCGGCCCGACGUCAGAGCUCGCAGCCAGCAACACCCAGUCGCUUUGCCGACCGUCCGAGUUCCGAUGCAGCACCACCGGUCAUUGUGUCGCGCAGGACAAGUACUGCGACGGCGAGAAUGACUGCGACGACAAGUCUGACGAGCCGAGAUAUUGCACCCCUUGCAAUCGGACGUUGUACGGUGACGUCGGCCGGACCUACAGAGUGGAGAUCCGCAGGCCGAGGGAGGAUCGACUGCCAUUCCUGUGUCACCUCAACUUCACUGCCGCCGGAUCCGAUCUCGGGGAUCUAGUUCAGUUAACUUUUGAUACCUUCACGGUCGGCCGCUUUCUGUCCUUUACGUCGGAAGGAUGUCCAGAUGGUUUCAUGACUAUUCGCGAGGAAGGUCGUCCUGCAACGGGAGGACAAUGGUGUGGCAGCGCGUGGGGCUACACCGUCUAUUACAGCGAAACUCCUUCCAUCAAUCUGACUUUAUAUUUACUACGUUUAUCAGAGCAGGGUAUCGGCUACAACUUCGACUUCAAGCUGUCGUACAAGUUCCUGAGAAGAAGCGAGGCGCAUCUCAGAUACGGAAACAGUAGUAUGUCCACAUGGCGCGGCGAGCUGGUAAACGGCACGUAUUGCGAUCGCGUCCUUACUAAAUGCGAUACUAGAGCCUGCCGGCUGCAGUCGCCGAAUUAUCCCGGAGUUUAUCCCAGGAAUGUCACUUGCUACUAUCGGGUGGAGCAAAACCGCGCGCCGGUGGGUCAUCGGGCUCUACUCGCCGUUAGUCAGCGAAACAGUCACAAGAUACACAUUAAGGACCAGGUCGUGAAAUACGACAGAAGUCAGCGAGUGCUAAGGGUAUGGGAUCAGUGCAACGUCGUGCAGGAUUAUUUAACGGUAUAUGACGGAGGUUCGACCUCAGACCGAGUACUUGUAAGGCUGUGUGGAGGAGAUGCGGUGCCAGACAUCAUCAGCAGUCACAAUACGAUGUUGUUAGAGUUUCAUACGUCCCCGUACGACAAUCCGUUUCAUCCAGUACCACUGUCUUUCCUGCCAGGAUUUGAACUCGAGGUUCAGGUGAUCUUUGUCGACGAAAAGUCUCGAAGUUUUGUGAAGGAAAACGACAACUGCGAUUUUUAUAUAUCUGGUGACGAGAACUCGUCGGGAAUUCUGGAAAAUCCGAAACACUCUUUACCGCCGAACACAACUUGCCGUUAUCACUUCCAAGGGAAACUCAAUGAAAUCGUUUGGUUAUCGUUCGUUAAAUAUUACGCCGCCAGCGUGGAAGCUGCUGCGAGUAUCGACACUGCCGCUGAUUGCAAUGCAAAGCUUCUGAUAUGGGAUGGUGAUAUCACAGUGGACAAACUUACUUUCAGCCGAAAAAACGUCACGCUGAUGGGACAAUUUUGUAAGGACGACAUACCGCGACUCUGCGACCACAGUCUGUUGCGUAACAGCAGCCGUCAUACGCGACCGUGUAGUCUUGCGGAGAGUUACGUGUCGACCGGCCGCGAUCUCACCCUGGAACACAUAUUGCGCCAGGGUAGCGCGCUAUAUCCAAUAAGUUUCGUGCUGCGCUAUGAGUUCGUCCACGAGGCCAUCUCGUGUAACCACGUGUUCGCCUCGGUGCCGUCAACCUCAUCCACGUCUUCCACGUCGUCUUUAUCGUCCUCUUCUUCUUCAUCAUCCUCAUCCUCCUUAUCAUCCAACGCCGGAAAAUUCGCCUCACCGAAGAACGUCUUCUUCUACGGUCGCGGUGGAGCGCAGAAUCUGAGCUGCAUGUACAGAUUCGAGGCCGAGCCCGAUCACAGGAUAGAGCUAUCCUUCGUCAGGGCCUCCUUCGGUGGCAAGAGUUGCGCGUCUUACGUGGACCCGUUGGUAAAUCGAUGGACGUGCGACCGCCGAAUGGCGGAUGUUAAAAAGUUCGGCAUAGCGGAUCUUGUUGUUGCUGAAUAUCCUUGGCAAGGAGUCGAAUUGGUUCGUGAUUGUCUGUGCUCGAACGUGAGUGAGAGAAUCGUUGUGCGGACUCUGACAUCGAACGUGGUGGAGGUCAGGUUUACCAUCACGCUCAUGAAUGUUACCCAGGAUUACCGAGACUUCUUCUUCGAGGGAGAAUAUCGUUUCAUCCCGGUGGGCGCGGAAUCGAAUGAGCACGGAUGUUCGACGAGACUCGAGGAGCGACGACUGCGCGGCACCAGCGGCGAGAUUUCCCUCAGGAGUCCUUUACCGCGGGUGAUUCCCGGCCUGGCCGCAGUGGAGGAGAUCCUAACUAACACAGAGGAUCUCACCGCGACGCAAUGCGUGAACGAGCCGUGGCUAAUUGAACCUGAAGACGCGCGUAUUAACUUCCUGUACUUGAGAACCGCUGGUUACGGCAUUACCUUGGACAACGUUGAAGAGUGCACGACUCUGAAUAGAAUCAUUGUUUAUUCAGCUGCGAAUACAAAAGAGCGCAGUGUGAUCUGUCCAGAGGGUGGCGUCGACACGGCCAGGACCGUCGACUUCUUCUCAGGUGGCUGGAAUUAUAGUGCCGUGAAUGCGAGCGUGGCGAUGGCGCAGCACUCCCGCAGCUUCGUCGUGGAAUUCCUUCAGCGGGAACCAGGUUUCUACGCCGUCACGUGGAUCGCGAUCUCCAAACGUUCGCCAACCGCGCCCAAUGUGGGUGCCAAUGCGUUUGCCAUACUGCCCACGGAAGAUUGCCCGUACAGAUGUCCAGAGAUCCAGGCAUGCAUCAGCUCUGUCCUAUGGUGCGAUGGUGUACGUCAUUGUCCCUCAGGCUUUGACGAGGAAGAAGCCAAUUGCUCGUACCGUUUCGGAGUGACGCUGCUCUACGUCGCGGUGGGCGCCGGUGCCCUCGGUAUAUUCUUAAUCCUCCUGUUGGCCACUGGUUGUCUCAAAUAUUGUCUCUACCGGCACAAGGCGCGUAAGAAGAAGAAGAACGUUGCCUUGAACGUCAAUCAUCUCCACGUGAACCACACUCAUCACAAUAACGGCUUGACCGGGAGCCGUUUGAGUGGACGCUACAACUUAGCCACACCCCAGGAAAUGUACCUGGAGAAUUACGGGAAGGAUAGUAUUUGUUGACAAUACGCCAUCGCCAAUAUUGAGACCACCGUGUGAAUAGUCAUGAUUUUUAAAUGCCUACCUCGCUCUGGGCCCCUCUCCUCCACUUUCCCAUCAACUCCCUUGAGUAACGGACCGGAGUGUACGGCAGCCAAACACUCCCAUCCCAAAGGCGCACAUACACAUACCCGUACACGCACAGACUUACAUGCGUACACACCACACACACACACAUAUAUACACGUAUACAUACUCUCGCAGUAAUCGUACGAAAUCCCGUAGAAUAUAUCCGAAGCGCAUAGAAGCGAGCGCACGAGACGUGCUUGGUAGCCACUUGGUUGAUGGCAAACGUAGUCAAGUUCUCUAAUCGAAUCAUAACGAUCGGCUUGCCUUGAAUAAGCAGAUCGUGAUUCGACUCAUUAGACCGAGGUGGAUGGUAUCCGUCUAGCUUGUCGCAAGAAUGGAUACCACGUAACACCUGCCUAAUCCUUCAGAAAGGAGUCGCGAGGUUGAUGUAUACGCACCUCGUACGCUCGUGUAUAUGGCAUUUACGAUAAACACCGCAGUAUCAUGGUAGGUUUAGAUACACACGAUUUAGGAGUAAAAUGAAAAAAAACGAAAGAUACGCGCGAGUGGACGAAGAGCGGCGAAAUUGGCGUACGCAAUGCUUUUAAGAGACGUAGGAUACGCUGUUUCCGUUGAGUGCACUUUCUGUCGGUUAUCGAGCAAACGUCGUAAACGUCCACGAGUACGACGAUAAAAGUAACGAGAUGGAGGGAAAAGAGAAUAGAACGAUGGUGCGAGCGCCAAAGCGCGAGAGAAGCGUUUCACGAUAGCUUACGUGUGAAUGACGAUGCGAUAGAUGGGAAAGCAUACGUGAGGAUACGCGAAGAGUUCAUGACACCGUGAAUGACAUUCGAAUGAUAUUCGCGGACGUGCGGGUAAAGAUCGAAUGUACAUUGCUUCUCUGAUUGUACUCCUCUAAUCCCGAUCGCAUACGUUCCGACAAUUCGCACUUAUCGGUAACAUCACUUGUGAUAUGAGAUCAUGCAGAAAAAAUUGAUAAAAAGAAAUAGUCGUGAUUAACGGGGAUUACGCCAUUGACGUUUGUGCAAGAUCCAUCUUGAAGAUCGUUACUAUUGGACUCACGCACUUCACACCUUCUAAUCUGAUUUUCUCGUUAGAUCACCUAUGGUCGGACUAGCCGUAGGUUUGGAUUAACUACGUUGUCGCGAUGCAUUGUUUCAAAUUAAGAUGACUGCACUGGGCUGUUUUUUUUUUACUAUUAAAAGGUAUUAAUUAAAAAUUUUUAUUUCUGAUUUAAUUG